AUGUUUGUGGGACAGAUAAAGAGCAAAUUGCAAUUACUGCUGUUGUACUGUAUCGUCGUACAAAGCUAUGCCAUACAUAAAAAUGGAUUGACAUCGACUACGUUAGAAACGACGAGCGCUGAUACUGGUAUCAUUGACCAAAAUUCCAAUGAAUCCUUCCAAUCUGAUCAAGUAAAAAAAGUUUUUUUCCCUCUAGGAACUAAAGAUAAUCCGCUAGGUCAUGUUAGCAUAUCAAGCAAUGUGUUUGUGGAGAAAGAGGGACUUUCGAAACUACCCAUUGAAUGGGAAAAUACAAGGCGAGAUCAUUCAUUUAAGAAGAUCACUGUAGACGAUAAUGAUAGCUCCAAAGAAACAUCUGAUAAGACCUCUCAGUUUCCAUUGCUCCCAAAAGACGACAGUCUGACAGAGGAAGUAAACACAAUGUUCUCGAAAAUUGGAAAUCCAGGAAUCAAAAGAAAUCAUAUAGAAUCCUAUUUUGUCUUUCAUUUAUUUGGCCAUCCAGUGAUAACAUAUCAUACAGAAUCUAAUAGACAAACUUACAUCAUCUCAGUAAUCCAGAAUGGAUAUAAAUGGAUUAAAAUUUUUAUGUGUCUUUUAAGAAUAUAA